AUGCCAUUACAGGUUUCCUUACACAAUGGAAGAGUGACAUUACAGGUACUUGGCUUCGAGAGGCAGCUCAACUUCAUCGACAAUACGGUCCCAUCGUUCGAAUCGGUCCGAAUCAUAAUAGCCGUGGAUGGAAGCAUCGGCUGGCCUCAGGUCUACAGUCACCAGCCUAGCAAAGCAGAGUUCUCCAAAUAUCCCAACUUCAUCUUUCCGGGUGAUGGAAUGAGUCUUAUCGGUGCCCAAAAGGAUUACCAUCGACGUCAGCGACGCCAACUGGCUCAUGCCUUCAGCGAUGCCGCCCUGGUUGAGCAACAGAACGUUAUCCUACAGUACAUUGACCUCCUCAUGAAACAGCUAACACAGCGUGCCGAGUCAGGCGAACCGAUCGACAUUGUGGCCUGGAUCAACUUGACAACGUUUGACAUCAUAGGCGACCGUACCUUCUCCGAGAGCUUCGGAGGUUUGAAAUCUGGUGGCUAUCAUCCGUGGGUGCGAAAUUUCUUCGAUGGCAUUCGAGGUGAGGGCAUGAUGCGCUUGAUGGACAGAUAUCUCCUCCUCAAGCCCUUCAUCCUUGCGAUUGGAUACAAGCACAUUUGA